AACCAGUGGACAGUCAUGUUCAAAGGCUCAGGGCCUGCGGGCCUGGGGGCCCAGGGCCUGGCAGGACCCCUGCGGGGCCGAGUGGAGGAACUGAAGCGGCCUUGGUGGCGGGAGAGCUCACCACUGGUGCUGCGGCACAGUGAGGCAGCCCGCCUGGCAGCUGAUGCCCUCCUGGAGCGGGGCGAGGCUGCCUACCUGCGAGUCAUCUCUGAGGAGCGGGAACUGCCCUUCCUGAGCGCCCUGGAUGUGGACUACAUGACCAGCCAUGUGCGAGGGGGCCCUGAGCUCAGCGAAGCCCAGGGGCCAGAGGCCUCGGGGCCUGACCACCUCAGCCUGCUCUCGGAGGUCACUUCAGGCACUUACUUCCCCAUGGCCUCCGACAUAGAGCCCCCAGACCUGGACCUGGGAUGGCCUGAGGUUCCGCAGGCCACAGGCUUUAGCCCUACGCAGGCUGUGGUCCACUUCCAAAGGGACAAGACCAAGAACAUCAAGGACCUGCUGCGUUUCCUCUUCAGCCAGGCCCGCACGGUAGUGGCUGUGGUGAUGGACAUCUUCACCGACAUGGAGCUUCUGUGUGACCUCAUGGAGGCCUCGAGCCGGCGGGGUGUCCCUGUCUACCUGCUCCUGGCCCAGGAGCACCUGAGGCACUUCCUGGAAAUGUGCUACAAGAUGGACCUCAAUGGGGGGCACCUGCCGAACAUGCGUGUGCGGAGCACAUGUGGGGACACAUACUGCAGCAAGGCCGGCCGCCGCUUCGCCGGGCAGGCCCUGGAGAAGUUCGUCAUCAUCGACUGUGAGCAGGUGGUGGCGGGCAGCUACAGCUUCACCUGGCUUUGCAGCCAGGCCCACACUAGCAUGGUGCUGCAGCUGAGGGGCCGCAUCGUGGAAGAUUUUGACCGUGAGUUCCGUUGUCUGUAUGCUGAGUCGCAGCCUGUGGAGGGCUUUUGCGGUGGUGAGGAGCCACCGUCUCCACGGGCCCUACGUCCUCCUCCGGUGGCGCUGGCCUUUGGGCCUGGCAUCCCAAGUCCCACAUCCUCCUCGCCCUCCAGCACCAGCCUCAGCAGCAUCAAGCGCUCACCUCUCACGGGCCGCUCUUCCUUUCUCCGUCUACCAGGAGGCGGUGGUUGGGGUGGUACAGUUAUGGGAUCCUCAACCCCGGGCUCAGCCCGCUGUGAGGCCAGUGGCCAGCCCUCCCUGCAACGCCAGCUGUCAGACCCUAACCAUAGCUCCCUUUCUGGACCUUACAGGGCCAACCUGGCCAAGCUGGGGGCAUCCCCAUGGUCUCAGUCUUCUCCUGCCCUCAACCACAAUAACGCCAGUCCCUUGACCCAGGCAGUAGGGUCAUCACUGCUCCCUCGUCCCCGUCCGCUCCUUUACUUCCCCCGGGGUGUCCCAGUUCUGUCCCAGCUCCCAGAGAAUGGGAUCCCAGGAAGCCAGGAUCCUAGUCCCCCACGAAGCCGCCAGAUGCUUGGCACAGCCCUGGAGACAGUGGAAGAGAAGAAGGCAUCUUUGAGUCAAAGCCAUGACCAGCUGGACCACCUUGUCCCUUUGCCCAGAGCCCGAGAAGCAGGAGACCUUAACUCUGGGGUUACUUCCAACUCAAGUUCCCUUCGGCCUGAUGAGCAGUCCCCAGAGGACAAGAGGUUGUCUCCAAGCCAGAGCUACAGCCAACUGGAUCUCCUGCCCCGGGUCCAGGGUGUUGGGGGUGCCCCUGAGUCUGGUUCCUUCAGACCUGGUGAUUGGGCCACAGAGGACAGAAGCCUGUUCCCAAAUCACAGCCAUGGCAAAUUGGACCUCCUGGUACAGCACCCCAAGGCACAGGGCUCCAGAGUGCCCCCUGAGGCCAACUCAGCCAAACUUGACAAGCAGGGUCCAGAUGAGCGACGGCAGACACUGGGCCACAGCCAGCUGGACCUCAUCACAAAGUUUGGUCCAUUCCGGAGUGAGGGGCCUGGGCCCAGUGGUCUCCCAGGACUGAGCCCUGCUCGUGUGACUGGAGCAGGCCCUGAUGAUGAGAAGCGGCUGACUCUGGGCCACAGCAAGCUGGACCUUAUCACCAAGUAUCAUCAGCUACAGGGGGCCAGGCAGGGACCUGAGCCUGGCCUCCCUGGAGGUCCUGCAGGGGGCCAUCGCAAUGGCAGCAGCAAUGGCUUCUUUGGGAAUGAGAAACGGCUGACUCUGGGCCACAGCAAACUGGACCUCAUCACUAAGUACCACAAGUCCAAGUUUAAGCUGCUCCGAAGUCGCUUUGAGUCCUAGCCCUAGUCCCAGGAGGGGCAGAUCCCGCCUCCAACCACUGAGAUUCUGCAUUUGCUCAGGCCCCAGCCACUGGGAAAGGAAGGUGGCUAGAAGCCCAGGUCAGACAUACUCCCUGGGCUCAAGAUUCUUGCAGACAUGCUCUC